CAGUGUUUGAUUCCCAAUUAACCAUUUUAACAUCUGGGUUUGCUAAUGGGCGAAGGAAACGUGCUUGUGAGCUCAAUGAUGGAGAUGACUCACUCUUCUUCUGCAACUGCUGCUUUGCUUCCUUCUUCUACUUCUUCAAGAAAAACAGAAAGAAAAGUCAUUGAGAAAAUUAGAAGAAAUCAAAUGAAGACCCUUUUCUCCAAUCUUUAUUCUCUCCUCCCCAAACAAAGUUCCCAGGAAGCAUUGCCACUAACUGAUCAGAUAGAUGAAGCUAUAAACUACAUAAAAACUCAAGAGGCAAAGUUGAAGAAAUUCAAGGAAAAGAAAGAAAGCUUAACAAGCAGAAAAAGAUCGUUUUCUAAAUGCACCAGUUCUUUUGAAUCUACAUCAACUUCAAGAGCACCUAAAUUAGAAAUCAGAGAAAUGGGUUCUUCUCUACAGAUAAUUUUGAUAAGUGGGUUAGAUAAUCAGUUCCUUUUCUGUGAGAUUAUUCGUGUUCUUCAAGAUGAAGGUGUAGAGAUUGCUACUGCUAGUUUUUCAGUUCAUGGCAAUUCAAUUUUCCAUACAGUUCAUGCACAGAUGAGAGAAUGUGAUUUCAGUUUUGGAGCUGCCAAAGUAACUGAGAGAUUGAACAGAUUCAUUAAUGGUUCAACAAGUGAAGUAGAAUCAGAACCAGAUCUAUGGAACUUCAAUGAUCUAGAUCCUGAGACAUGGGCAUUUUAAAAGAUCAAGUACAAAAAUUUGCAAUGUAGUUUUGAAUCUGGACAGAUAGAGAUGUAUGGUGAUGCAAAUAAGCCAUGCUGUAAUUUUAGUAAUAUGGGCAACCGUAGUAUGUAAAUUUUCCUGUCAAAUUUCCCUGUUGAGUAACUUAAAGACUGCAAGUGAGAGGC